GGCAGGGCCUAACCAAGAAGGGGCUUUUUUCCUGGGAGGUAAAGGGUUCUGAGGAGAUUGUGGUGAGGCAGUGUCAGAGGAAGGUGACGCGGAAGGGAAGUACUAACCCGAACGAAGGAACGAAGGGACGCUGUGGUAAAGGACCCUGUGUUCAUCAAACUUUCAUGGAUCGCUGGGUGCCCUGAGGUGCACCUGGAAUCUACUUGGUGAGUACAGCUCUCAAACGGAAGUGCCGCCUACAGUUCGUUCCUCCAGGACAAGUAGAAAGGGACACUCAGGCCCAACCCUGUGGAAACCUGAUGCCUGUUCCUGUGGCUUUCAUUAGCUUCUUGUAUCUUUAAUAUGUCUUUGCACAUACAAUGUUCAGGAUUCCUGUCUAGUGCAGGGAGACUAUAGUCAUGGCUUCCAAAAUCAAGGGCAGACCUCCCAAGCAACCAAAGGUGACUCCUGCUCUGCCAUCUAAUGAUUCACAGCAGCUUCAUGAAAAUAACCCAGGAAACAAUCUGGCCCUUGAAACUUGUGGGGAAAGCAGUUCUUCCCAUGGAACAGGUGGACCAAAGCCAGGGCCCAGUAAGAAAACUCUAAAUGAAAGGAAGAGAAAGUAUGGGGUGAGUGUAAAUAAAACUGUCCAAAACAUUGAGUGGAAUGUUGACCACUUCUUGAAAGUCCAGCAUGAGCGAAGGCAGGAACUUUAUAAGGACUAUUCUCAUCAGUUUUUGACUUUGGUUAUGAUGUGGAAUAUAGAUGUAGACCAAAUCAAGAAACAGGCUGGAAAACUCUCUGAUAUACUUGAUGAGCAACAGAAGCUUUUUCAACAAUUUCAAAGUAUUCAUAUGCAGAAAAUAGAAGAAUUUAAGGAGUUAUGUGAUCGACACUUGAAGAAUCUACAGGCUAUUAAGUGUUGUCGCCGAAAAGCUAUUAUUGAGGAAGCCAGAAAGCUAAUGGACUACUUGGAAAAGAGAGUUACUGAAGAAACUGUUCACGUAAACAAGCAGGAAGCAAAGGAUGGUGUUCAAUCAUCACUUCUAUCCCUGCUAAUCUCGUAACACCUGGAAGAAAGAAGCUCAACCACCAUGAAAUGACUUCAUGAUAUUUCUAAAUCUAUGGUGACAUGACACUGCUAUUGUAGUGAUUAUCAAUUCCUUGUUCACAUCUCUGAGGGGUCAGAAAAACUUUACUGAGAAUGUUUUGUUUGUGGAAUUUAUCGCACAUGUAGUAUGGGAUCAUCAGGGAUAUUAUAUAUGAGGUCUCGUGUACAGUUAAAGCUUGCGUCCUGUGAUUUCCUGUAUGGAUACCCUGGGAAAUCCUUACUUGGGAACGUUUGAUUUAAUAAACAUGAAAUAGUUUCAGA